ACCUAAAUAAAUUGUUCAUGUUUGAUGUCAUAUGAACCAAGCGAUAUGUAUGAAGAAGAAAAGGUUCUAUUUCAAUAUGAUUUGCCAUAGGUAUACAAAAUUUAAUUCAAACGAAGAAAUUCAUGUUUACAAACGUCAUUAUCAUUAGUGUCAAACCACAUGUCAAAAUGACAUCUUUUUUCCACUGGAAAUGAAAAUGAACAACACUUGAUUCUAGCUCUUGUUGUUUUGUGAAGCUAACUUUGGUAUUUGUUCUUAGCGCAUAGGAAUGAAAGUCAAAAAACACACUGACCCCAAUUAAACCAGCUACUCUCUUUUCUCCAGGCAAUUGUUUUCAUUCAUAUUAAAGUGUGUAGGUACCUACAUGGCGAAGUCUAUCAUAAUUUCAAGAAAUCGAAAAUCUCUUCUUGGCAAAUACGUCGCCGCAAUUACCGCUGCACAAUGGUUUCCAUUAUUUUGCAUUAUCGAGAGAAUUCUUUUGAUACACAAAUAAAAUCAUUCAAACUACAAGGAGUGUUGUCACAUGGAAAACGCUUGCGCUGUUUUCUCUACACAAAUUGGGGACACGAGAAAAUACCACUUUUCAACGACUCCUACUAUAUAACCGAAAUGAAAUAAGAGACAUGUGCAGACCAUAUUCCCGUGAGAGAAUUUGGAGCACCAUUACUAAAUGCAUAGAAGAGCCAGAACGCCGCCGCUCUGUGCAGACAUUGAAUAUACACAGUUCGCAGAACUCUCGAUUAAAUUUUUUCAUUUUAUAACACCGUGCCAUUCCAGCUAUAACGUCUCUGCGGGGAUACAGAUCCACGUUACGCGUUUUCAACCCAGUUUUGUACCUCUGUUCACAUCCGCUGGACCACUGUUCUGUUUUGAAUAUAAAACCCAUUUUUCUAACCGGAUGAAUUGCAAAAAACUAACCCGUUUCAUUAAUUAUUAAAACAAAUUAAAGUUAAAAUAAGAAAAAAAAAUACAACUCCCCAUUUUUCCAAUACGGGUGACCAAAAAUUCGAUCUCUUUCCAUAAAAAAAAUUGCCAUCUUUUGUGUGAAAACGUUGGGAAAACCACCCCAUUCUUCAAUUCUUCACUGAAAAAGGAUAAAACGGAUACAGAAACUUGUGACAAAUAAAAAUUCUCCAAUAUUUAUGUAGUUGCACAAUAAUAACAUAUUUUGUUUCCGUUCGGGUGUUUUUCGUUCAGUGAACCACGUAAACAGUGAAAAAUUUCCUACCUCUUAAAAAAAAUCCCAAAAAAAUUGCACAGUUAAAACCGCAGUCAGUAUACCUACAAUUCUACAAUCUACACAUAACCCUCCUUAAAUGUGUGUUUACACUUGCAUGCAUGCAUUUGGAUUAAAAAAACAAGUACCUACGAGUGUCUAUACAGAAAACCAAAACCAUCAUUUAUAUUAAUCGUGUGUAGUGUACCCACAGGUUUUAAUCUACUAAUGGUGUUCUAAUUAUUAUUAUCUGUUCCACAUUUUUGGGAUUAUAAAAUGUUUUCAACUUCAAACACGGAUCUACUUCGUUUUUGCUGUCGUUGUCAUCAACACUAUCGCAGUCGCCACCAUUAACCAAAUGCAAAACGUUCGUGUACCUACCGUUAUUAUUCGUCGUCGUUAGUGUCGUCGGUCCUCGUGACGUUCAAUGGCACACACAACUAAUGGAUGUUAAUUGAAUUUAACUAGGAUUUUAGCAAAAAAGAAAACACACCACCACCCGGUGAAACAGCGAAUCGGUAAGAAGUGUUUCCUGUAAUUUCCAUCGGAUGCUUCAAACAGCACAUUUCCGCAUUACAGCAGCAGACGAAUAGACGGUCGAGUUGUAUAGUGUGAAUGCGAAUUCAAUUAUGGUCGGCGAAUGUCGAAUGGAAAUUACAAAUUAUUAUUUAUCGCGAUGUAAGAAAUUUUAAAUCCAAAUCGAAAUGAAAGCGAGCGAGUGAAAUUGCAAUCAAUUUGUAACGGCUGUGAAACGCAUUGAAGAGGAAGUGGCGGAAAAAAAAUCGAGACAAAGAUUAAAUAUCAAAUUUUGCUUACGAGGAACUUUUGGUAAAGACUCCCCCCCCUACUUAGCAUAUUUUUGUGCUUGGAGCUGGUUUAGGUCCUAUGAAUGCGUGAAUGGUAAUGUUAUAGGAAAUUAGAAAGUCAAAAGGAUGAUACAAAAUCCAACCCGUUAUGCUUAGUAGGGUGUGUUACGUUACGUGGCAUCAGAAUUGAUUAAAAGGGAAAUUCAAUUUCACGUAUGGUGAGCGAUUCUAUGCCAAAAGAGUUUAAUGGUGAACUGGAUAUACCGUGGAAACGUAAAGCAGUCAUUGUGCCCGUGAAAAGGUUCAGAUUAUGAACAAGAAACCUCCACCGCCUAUUCAAUUGACUACAUUCGUUGGUAGCGUCAAGAAUCCGACAAGUCCUUCAAUGUGUUUUCCAUCGUCGAAGAACGAAAAACAACGUGAACAUCAUCCUGGAUUAUGCGGGUGUCAACGGGCGCCCAAAUCACAUUGUAUAUCCGCUACUGGUGUCCUAAUAUUAGUACUCCUGUACACCGCAAUGGGUUCGAUUAUUUUCGUAACACUCGAGGGUGAAGUUGAUGAUAGCAACUCCUUGGAAACUGCUGUGGCCGCUUCAAAGCCAUAUCCCAGGACAGAACUGGCGAAUGCUGAAAUAAGAUCAAGGACCGUCGAUCGACUGUGGUCAAUUACUGAAGAUUUGAACAUCUUGUAUAAGGAAAAUUGGACGCGAUUGGCUGCCCAAGAAGUGCAACAUUUUCAGGACACUCUUCUCCGUGCUGUGCGUCAGUCAAAAGUGCAACAACCCGGUGUCCAAUUGAUGCUGCCUACAGGACACAAAUGGUCUUACGCUUCAGCCUUUCUCUACUCACUCACUCUUAUCACAACCAUUGGCUAUGGCGGUGUAUCUCCUCGAACCCAGUGGGGUCGGAUAGCCGCUUUAAUCUACGCCCUCUUUGGCAUCCCUAUUAUCCUGUUGUAUCUCUCUGCUAUGGGCGAGGGAUUAUCUUCUGCAAUGCGUUGUCUGUUCCGGAAGACUCGGUCGAAAAACUCAGGUGGCACCGCUGGAACGAAGGCACCUCCACAGGAUACAUCCAGCAGUGCGGCAGCCAAUCACUUUGCUCAUCAUACAGCAGGCAAGAUUCAUCAUUACACAAUGCCAUCAUAUCAACUAGCCACUUCGCCUAGUGUACCAAUAUCCAUAUGCAUCAUGGUUCUCAUAUGCUACGUCACCCUGGGAGCGGUUAUAUUUCAUAAAAUGCAAAAUUGGAGUGUCCUAGAGUCACUGUAUUUUUGCUUCACAUCUCUCGGUACUAUCGGUUUCGGUGACCUCGCUCCCACGGGCAAUCUGAGUCUCUACCUGGCAUCUGGUUAUAUUCUCAUAGGGAUGGCUGUAGUUGCUAUGUGCUUCAGCCUUAUCCAGACAGAAAUAAUUCUUUGGCUACGCAAAUUUAGUGUGCAAGACCAUGUUCUCCCUGCUUCAGAUGACGUUGCUUUGGUGUCUGUGUCGGUGACCCCAAAGUCCUGA